CCUAUUUGGACACAACCAGGGAACCUAAAACAUUGAAAACUGUGUGGCUAAAAACCAAAUCAAAGCAUCAGGAUAAUCUCCGGCAUAUUCCAUAUGCCUUUCACCACUGCUACUUUACCAAUAAUUAUUCAGAUUCUAAAAUCACUUUUUCAUGACACUUUCAGAAUUAUCUACAUUUGUAUCAAUAUUCAUUCACAGCUACUUUUACAUUUUUUUAUGACAAAUAAAUUAAAAAAAGUACAGUUUUCAUUGAGAUUCUUUUUAGUUCCCUGUCUGCAAUUCGAAUAUUGAAUAUGCCUGAAUUAAUGACGUCAGAAUUGAAGUGUGCAUCGACAUCUAUUAUUUUAGUUAAACUCAAUGACCCAAAGAUCGUCUGAAUGAGAAUUUAAAACCUUUUACAUAGUUUUUAAAAUUUCAAUUACAAAAAGAUAUUGAAGACUACAUUGCUAAUAAAAAAAUCGCGAAAAUGAUUUUAUUAAAAAUUCCCAGUUGUAGAAUAAAUAGUUAUUUAAUAACGGAUGAAUUUAUUUAUUGAAAAUGUGCGAUUGAUCGUUGGUGGCGCGGUACAUGCAAACACAAGUUCAAGAAUAAAAGCAGAGGCUCUGCUACAUCAUUUCAUUUCGCCACCUUCUUCACUCUCAGUCUCUUUCUCUCACAGACAACGAUUGAAGAAGAAAAUGGUUGACAUUGACAAUGAUUCGCUCUCGGAAUUCCUCGCAUCUGCGGUUCACGCGGCUCAGAAAGCUGGCGAGAUUAUUCGAAAAGGGUUCUACCAGACCAAACACGUGGAACACAAAGGACAGGUUGAUUUGGUCACAGAAACCGAUAAAGCAUGUGAAGAGCUCAUAUUUAAUCAUCUCAAACAGCUCUAUCCCACUCACAAGUUCAUUGGUGAAGAAACCACAGCUGCCUAUGGCACUUCCGAACUCACAGAUGAACCCACAUGGAUAGUUGAUCCCCUGGAUGGAACUACUAACUUUGUACAUGGGUUCCCCUUCGUUUGUGUCUCCAUUGGUCUCACAAUUGGAAAAAUUCCCACAAUUGGCGUUGUAUUCAAUCCAAUUAUUAAUGAGCUUUUUACUGGGAUCCGUGGAAAGGGUGCCUUUUUAAAUGGGGAUCCUAUAAAAGUAUCCUCACAAACUGAACUGAUUAGCUCUCUUCUUGCAACUGAGGUUGGAACAAAACGUGACAAAGAAACAGUAGAUGAAUCUACUAAUAGGAUUAAAAGCUUGCUUUUCAAGGUGAGAUCUCUUCGAAUGAGUGGCUCCUGCGCUCUGAAUCUUUGUGGAAUUGCAUGUGGAAGACUGGACAUAUUUUUUGAACUUGGCUUUGGUGGUCCUUGGGAUGUGGCAGGUGGUGCUGUCAUUGUUAGAGAAGCUGGAGGAGUUGUGUUUGAUCCGUCUGGUGCAGAUUUUGACAUAACAUCUCAGCGAGUAGCAGCUUCAAACCCUUUCUUAAAGGAUGCAUUUGUUGAUGCUCUGCGCCAUAUGGUGUGAGGAAAUUUACUAUUAAUCAAUGGCAAGAACUUAUCCUAUAGCCAUCUUUUCUAGUUUAUUUACCUUUUGGUCAUUUAAUUUUUAAGAUUCUACAUUUUUUUUUUUGUAAAAGUGAUCUGAUAAAGUUAUCAGAAUUGUUAAGUUCUUAUAUGAAUCAAAAGUGCUCGAUGACAAA